CAGAGCCCUACCAGAAGGACCUUAGACCCUCGGUGUUUCGUUUCGAGAACAACUAGAGAAACCACGAUUCCAUCUGCACUGCGCUGAUCCCGGGACGUCACUUCCUUCAGGACUCGCCAGUUUUCCCUCUUGACAUGUUCUACUGCACGACUACGGCCCACCAACACCAGCCGGCAAAAGCUUACGCGAAGAGACAGCCCGCCUCGAUUGGCUCCUGUGCAUUGCCUACCCGCUCCUGUCGACGUCUACAGCGCCUAGCACCCAGGCGAUGCUGUACGUCUACGCUACGCUGUAGUGUCGAUGGACGCUGCAAUUCACAACCCACGGCAGUAGCAGUAUCAUGUCUUGUGAUCAGCGCCGAACAAGAGGGCUUUCACCGCGUGUAUAGAUCCAUAGCACUCCCAUCGUUUACCCGACGGUGGAGCAUGUCAUCCGAAUGGUGCCGAACGCGACUGCAUCUCGGCACUUCCUUCCCUAGAUUUCCCGAUAGCCUCACAAAUCUCAGGGUCUUUGUUUACCAGGCCCACAGCUAUCGACGGGCGUGUGCGACAACGGAUCCACCGCACGUAGCGCAGAGCACGUGGUUGCAAGUGAACUGCGCUUUUAGUCGCUCAUCCGACAACGCCUGGCGGUACCAGAAAACAUACGCCAGUUCAAGUUUGUGGCGCAUUCAACAACAGUAACACUGCAGCUGACGCCAUUGGGCUGCUGCUCCUCCCGCACAGGGCAUUGGCACAACCAAAUUCUGCUUCUUCACAAUUAUAUACUUUCAAUUCCCAGCCUGGGGGCCUGACUGACAUGCGGUUCCGCAGUCAAGAUCCGGACGGGUGGGAGAUACAUUACCAGGACAAUGCAAGAUCCAACGGUGACGCGGACGGUGGAGAUGACUGAACUGUAAACUCGAGAACACAUGCAGCUUGUCCUGUAGCCGCUGCCGCUGUCGGCGGACGUACCUCUCCUUCUAGAACUAUGCACCUAUUGCUGUUCGAGAUCUCGAAUUCAUCUUAGGGCCGCAUCGG